AUGAAAGUUUUCAACUUGAUAGGAGGGCUAGUCUUCCUCACCUCUGUAUUUUCGGCCUGUUCCGGACAAAAUCCGAUGACUGCACUGUGCUCCAUAGACUGGUUCAUGGUCACCGUACACCCCUUCAUGUUGAACAAUGACGUAUAUGUGCACUUUCAUGAGUUACACUUGGGACUGGGUUGCCCUGCCAACCAUGUUCAGCCCUAUGCCUACCAGUUCACCUACUGUGUGACGGAAUGUGGCAUCAGGGUCAAGGCUGUCUCUCAGGACAUGGUUCUCUACGACACUGAGCUGCACUAUGCUUCCAAGCGUACAUCGUCUAAGUACGUGAUCCCAGUGUCCUGCACUGCCCCCGAAUGUUCCCCGUGGCUAACAAUGCCCUACUCCAGGACAGUAGCCAGCGAGGGAGCCAUCACAACCCGGGAUGGUGAGACAUGCUAUGAGGUGUUCACCUUGUCAUGGUCCAGCCAAAGGCCCAACUGUGAUUGUCCGCCUUGUGUCUUCAACGAGGAAGGGAAGACCCAGGGCCCACAUCACCAAGCAGAGGCUCAGGAGGCCCAUCCCGUGCAGUUUUCUUCCUUUGUUAAUACUUCUGAGAACUGGUCUCUUUGCCUGGAUGAUCAGAUUGCAUCCUUGUGA